GCAGCCCUUCGUACGUGCUCCGGAAGGUGGGAACUGGUAACAGGAAUCUUGCACUUGGUGGACAGUGACAGGCGGGAGGACCCUAGUUGGACGCAUAUUUCAGCAUUUCCUGCAUUGUUCCUGCUAAAACACAAACUAAAAUACUCUUUUAGGCCGGGCGCGGUGGCUCACACCUGUAAUCCCAACACUUUGGGAGACCGAGGUGGGAGGAUCGCUUGAGCCCAGGAGUUAAAGACCAGCCUGGGGAACAUGAGACCUCGUCUCUACAAAAAAUGAAAAAAUUAGCCGGGCGUGGUGGCGCGCAUCUGUAUUUCCAGCUACGCGGGAGGCUUAGGCGGGAGGAUCGCUUGAGCCCAGGAGGUCGAGGCUGCAGUGAGCCAUGAUCACGCCACUGCACUCCAGCCUGGGUGACUGAGUGAGACCCUGUCUCAAAAAAAAAAAAAAAUUUUUUUUAAAGGUUUUCAGAUAAUAGACCUCCCACCCCAGCUCAUUCUUGGAUUAAUAACCCUACUUGAAGAGUGACUUCCCAUCUUGAAAGUAUGUUCUUCUGUCACUGUGCAUUCCUGUGCAACCUGCAGCAGGUGUGACUUUGUGUAUGAAUUUGUUUUUCAAAUAGUUGUUGAGUGUGCCCCAAGUUUCAGGCACUGUGCUCAGUCCUUAAGCUAUAAAAGCAUUAAGACAUUAAACCCUGCACAUGUUCUAGAAGUGAAACGUGGUGCUGGUGAUUGGGUGUGGCAACUCAGAACUGAGUGAGCAACUGUAUGAUGUGGGCUAUCGGGAUAUAGUGAACAUCGACAUCAGUGAGGUUGUCAUCAAGCAAAUGAAGGAAUGUAAUGCCACCCGACGGCCCCAGAUGAGCUUCUUGAAGAUGGACAUGACGCAGAUGGAGUUUCCUGAUGCCUCGUUCCAGGUGGUGUUGGACAAGGGCACCCUGGAUGCUGUCCUGACAGAUGAGGAAGAGAAGACCUUGCAACAGGUGGACAGGAUGCUGGCUGAGGUUGGCCGUGUCCUGCAGGUGGGCGGUCGCUAUCUCUGCAUCUCCCUGGCUCAGGCUCACAUCCUGAAGAAAGCAGUGGGCCACUUCUCCCGGGAGGGGUGGAUGGUGAGGGUGCACCAAGUGGCCAACAGCCAGGACCAGGUGUUGGAAGCAGAGCCUCAGUUCUCCUUGCCUGUCUUUGCCUUCAUCAUGACCAAGUUCAGGCCGGUCCCUGGCUCUGCCCUUCAGAUCUUUGAGCUGUGUGCUCAGGAGCAGGGCAAGCCUGUGCGGCUGGAGAGUGCUGAGCGGCUGGCCGAGGCGGUGCAGGAGCGGCAGCAGUAUGCCUGGCUGUGCAGCCAGCUGCGCCGCAAGGCCAGGCUGGGGAGUGUGUCUCUGGACUUGUGCGAUGGGGACACGGGGGAGCCACGCUACACCCUCCACGUGGUGGACAGCCCCACUGUGAAACCAUCGCGGGACAAUCAUUUUGCGAUUUUCAUCAUCCCCCAGGGCCGGGAGACUGAGUGGCUCUUUGGCAUGGAUGAGGGCCGGAAACAGCUGGCGGCCAGUGCUGGCUUCAGGAGGUUGAUUACAGUGGCCCUUCACCGAGGUCAGCAGUAUGAAAGCAUGGACCACAUCCAAGCUGAGCUGUCAGCUAGAGUCAUGGAGCUGGCCCCAGCUGGGAUGCCCACCCAGCAGCAGGUGCCCUUUCUGUCUGUGGGUGGGGACAUUGGGGUCCGGACCAUUCAGCACCAAGACUGCAGCCCCUUGAGCGGUGACUAUGUCAUCGAGGACGUGCAAGGGGAUGACAAGCGGUACUUCCGUCGACUGAUCUUCCUCAGCAACAGGAAUGUGGUGCAGUCUGAAGCCAGGUUGCUGAAGGAUGUGUCUCACAAGGCCCAGAAGAAGCGGAAAAAGGACAGGAAGAAGCAGCGGCCUGCUGAUGCGGAGGACCUCCCUGCAGCCCCGGGGCAGUCCAUUGAUAAGAGUUACCUGUGUUGUGAACACCACAAAGCCAUGAUCGCUGGCCUUGCCCUGCUGAGAAACCCAGAGCUACUCCUAGAGAUCCCACUGGCAUUGUUGGUGGUAGGCCUGGGCGGGGGCAGCCUCCCCCUCUUUGUCCACGAUCAUUUUCCAAAGUCUUGCAUUGAUGCUGUGGAGAUCGACCCCUCCAUGUUGGAAGUGGCCACCCAGUGGUUUGGCUUCUCCCAGAGUGACCGAAUGAAGGUCCACAUUGCAGAUGGCCUGGACUAUAUCACCAGCCUGGCAGGAGGAGGAGAAGCACGGCCUGGCUACGAUGUCAUCAUGUUUGAUGUUGACAGUAAGGACCCAACACUGGGAAUGAGUUGUCCGCCCCCAGCAUUUGUGGAGCAAUCUUUUCUACAGAAGGUUAAAAGCAUCUUGACUCCUGAAGGUGUUUUUAUUCUCAACCUUGUGUGCCGAGACUUGGGGCUAAAAGACUCAGUGCUGGCUGGGCUCAAGGCAGUGUUCCCCCUCCUAUAUGUCCGGCGAAUUGAGGGUGAAGUGAAUGAGAUCCUGUUCUGUCAGCUGUACCCUGAGCAAAAACUUGCCACACCAGAGCUCCUAGAAACAGCCCAGGCUUUGGAGCGAACCCUGAGGAAGCCUGGGAGGGGUUGGGAUGACACAUAUGUCUUGUCAGAUAUGCUCAAGACGGUGAAAAUUGUGUGACUGCUUAGGCCAAGCAGCCCUCCUGCCUAGACUGACCUUGGACUCCCAGCCUGCCAGAGAAUGAAGAAAUACAACGCACAGUACUUUUGAAGCUUCAUAUUUUUCUUGGUUUCACACUCAGCUACAUGUGACCUCCAGCUUGGUGAGGUUGCCUGAAGAUUAGGGAAAAUAAAAAUGUCCUUCCCAUCUUGUCCUCUUCAGUACCACUUGGGUUGGUUUGUCUUUGCUUCCUACACCAUGUCCUUGAGUGGAGUUCCCUGCUGAAGCCCCUAGCACACACUGUAUGCCUUAACAAGUAUGUGCAAGCCCCUCAGAACUCAAGACAGCCAAAUUUUAUUGCAUCUCUACUUAUACUGGUUUGCUUUUGAUUUACUCCUCUAUUAGUUCUAUAGGAGUGAUCUCAAGUGAGAUAGCAGAGCAAGAUGCCAAAAGACUAUAAAUAGAGUAAGGUUUCUAUAGAUGUGAGACAGAUUUGAGAGAGCAUUUACUCUGUCUCCCUGUGGAUGAAACUGCUGCUGAAAUGGUUCCAAUUUUUAGGAAUCUGCUCACCCGCUUCAUUAUUUGACAGCUUUCCUUGGUGACCCAAACCCUGUAGCCUAAGCCAUUUAUCUUUUUCUCAGUGGAGGGAGUGUGUGGACCUGGCCCCAUGGCUUUGCAUGUUAGAGACUUGGCAGACUAAAGUCUCUAGUGUUUGUUUACUCACAUUCAUUGAGUGACAGCUAUGUGCCAGACUCUGCAUAAAGAGUGGUGGCAGAAGUGAAAAUGUUUAAGAAUGACCAAAAACAUUAGUAAUGAAAGUUAAUGUGUUCCAGGCAUUCUUCUAAGUGGUUUACAUGCACUGUCUUCAUUUAAUCUGAGGUAAAGGAUACUUAAGCCCAAACUAUAUCUAAACCCAAAUCUCAGUUGGCUGGAAACAUCAAUCUUAACCAUUUAUUCAGAACCAUUAAACCAAUGAUUCCAA